AACAGAUCCACGAAGCGGCGCAUGUAGCCUCCGCCCCGGCUGGUGGCGCUGUGUAAGAACCAGAGGACCUGGAUUUAGUCUUCCGAGAUGUCGAUGGUGAUCUCCGAGGUUUGAAACCUUGGACACGCAAGAUUUCGCGGUCAGUUUGAAACCGGCUAGGCAGUUAUAGUUCUCGACUCAAGAAGACAGCAGUUUACCAACGUUUUUUUUUUUUUUAAAGGUGAGAAGCUCGAUAUAACAUCUCUGUCUGUCUGAGACCGAGUAGGGCAAAUUCAUUUUGCUGACUGACAAACUGUUUCCAGUAACGGGUAUGUAGGUUUAAUCCGCUGGCCUAGGUUAUCUGUCUGUCUUGUGUUGUCACUAAUAUGUUACUUAUUUUUCAGGGAGACUCAGUUCUUAUCGGCAGCAUAAAGUUAUUUUCGUGUCGUAAAUGAGCACAGGAAAUGCUAGCGGUGGGUGCGGGUUAGGAGUACUGAGGCACCGGGCUGGUCUCUUGGCUCUGAGCCGGGAAGUUUGUUUUUCCGCGCCGCCAAUGCAGGCGGGAAUCCGAGCCAGAGGGAUGAGCUGGGAAAAGCCUUCUGCCAGGGCAGCGCCGAAAUCGCUUUUCCUGAGCUCUCCCUCAGCAGUGUAGCUAGCUCUGAUAUUAACCGCCGAAAUGGAUCAGAGUUGAUUUUUUGCCCCUCCUAAUUUGUAACCUUCUUUUUCGCGGGAACAACGUUUGCUUUAAUCGUACGUUUUUAAAGGGAUUUAAAGGGAGUUUUUGUAACGACCUUAAAAUGUCUUUUUCUACCCUUUAAUGUGGGUUUCGGGUUAUCUUAUAUGUCAUUUUCCUCUAUGUUGGCUGUGAUUGCUCAGUGGGUGGGUGACAUCUUAGGCUAUAGCUGCUUGUGAACAAUGAAAUCACUGGAAUUCGCCGCAGUAUGAAGAACAAUAAUGUCAUUGUCCGAGAUGAGAUUCAUGGAAGGACACAGAAGUAGGUAGCUUAUGUGGUGCAUUCCUUGCUACAGAGUUCUCGAAGCUGUGAUGUGUGAUUGUGAGUACCCAGUAGAAAUUCAUUCCAAAAAUAAGGAAAAUAUUGAGGAAAAAUAGGAAGACGCUUCAUACACCUGCCCCCUUUCUCUCCCUCCUUCUGAGAGGAGAGCUCUACAACCAAAACAUUGUACUUUUGUUCCUGCUCGGCAUGGAAUCGACCCGUGUUCCUUUGCAGCCCGCGUGCCGACAGGGCUCCCCACUCGAACAGGUCCAGUCGGCUGGAUGUGUCCAGUGUGUUAGACCGUCCCAGUGCUCUUUCAUCUCGCCAGUUUAGUGUCGCGCCUGCUGCUGCCCUUUCCCCACGAUGUUUUUGCUCUUCCGCCUUUACACCCCCCUCAUCUUAUUCAAAAGUUUGCAGAAGAGGAUUUCUAGGCAUAACCUUUUUAAUUAUUUCGUUACACAGGUUCACUUGUGACGUGUUUAUGUUCUCCGGUCUUAGAGUUGAUACGCUUGUGGGGCUGUUACUGGGCGGGGGGAGAAAGUGCUAGCCCUCAGCGUGCUCUUGGGAAUCCCACUGUGAAACCUGAACUCGCCGGGCGCUCGCCAGCGCAGGACAGCGGCGGGAUGAACGGUGGGAGCCAGUUUGUGGAGAACCUGAAGAAACUAAAUUACCCCAAGGUGUCCAGGCUGAAGGGGGAGGAUUUUGACUGGCUCUUUGAGACCCCCGAGCACAAGCAGUUCCUGCGCUGGUUCUGUGCUCACGCGCGCAAACGCAACGUCCUGAGCGCGGAGGAGGUGGGGGCCUUCGCGGCCUUCGAGGCGUCGGGCCAGGCCAUCCUGGACGAGGCGGCGCUGGCGAAGGUGCUGAAGACGUGCCGGGGCGCCGAGCCCGAGGGGGGCCCGGCCUCGCUGCGGGACCUGGACCCGGCCCAGCUGGAGGACGAGCUGCAGGCGCUGCGCCGGGAGAAGAGGCUGAAGCUGCAGCGGCGCGGCCAGCUGCAAGUCAUGGCGGCCGGCGCGGCGGGGGCCGCUUACCGGCUCGGCGCCCAGCGGGAGGAGGCGUCCGCGGCGCUGAAGGAGACCCUCGAGUCCCUGGGGGCGGAGAACGCCAAGAUGAACCGCGAGCUGCAGCUGCUCGUGGAAGAGGCGAGGCAGCUGACGGCCUUCUUCUCCGCCGGGCCCGAACGGGAGGCGGGCGCGCCUCCGAGCGGGCCGCCCGUCUUCCUCUCCCAGCUGGCCCUCGGGCCUUACCUGCACCAGGAGGAGCUCAACACCAAGGCUCUGGCCCUGUACACGCAGAAGCAGUUCUUCCGGGGCAUCUCGGACCUGGUGGAGAGCUCCAACGAGGAGAACUUCCAGCUGCUGGACCUGAGCGGGAGCUCGGAGAGAGGGGAGGAUAACCAGGUCCAGCAGGGGCGCAGGAAGGAGAUGGCCAAGUUGCAGUGCACUCAUAUCAUGGCCCAACAUCGGCUGAUCCAAGCGAGGGCCAAAGAGGAGAGCACCAGGGCUGGACUGCAGUGGAUCAGAGACAACCUGCACUCUACCUCCAAGGCAAAGCCGAGCGGCUCGGCCUCGGUUCUGCAGGUGCGUGCGGCCGGGCUCUGGCAGGAGCUGGAGGGCGUGCGGGCCCAGGCGAGGGCCCUGCUGCGCGAGCGGAUUCCCGCGGCCCUGCGCGCCAGCGCCCAGCUCCUCUACAUGCCGGUGGUCAGGGGGGACUUGGACCUGCAGAUCGCCCGGCAGGACUACUACACCUCCAGGCAGGACGAGGUGUGCCGCCACCUGCUGCGCCAGAAGGCCUCCUUCGAGCUGCUGCAGCUGGCCUGCGAGCUGGAGCUGCGGAGGGGCAGGCAGCUCGACCGGCAGCUGGGCGACCUGACCCAGCGGCUGCAGGGCAGCGGGCAGGAGCUGGGGCGGCGCCUGGAGGUCUUCUCCCAGCCCGCCCUGUCCGCCGGCGCCAGGCCCCGCAACGUCAUCGACUCCAGGGACACGGCGUGCUCCAGGUUGUACCAGGUCCUGGAGGGGGCGGCGGGGCAGGAGCAGCCGAUCAGGACGUACGGGGGCCUGGAGCAGGCGGCCCAGGCCCUGCGGCAGGAGCUGCGCGCCGCCAGGGAGGCCGUCGAGGGAGCCGCGGAGGAGCAGCGGCGCUGCCUGGCCGGCGCGGAGGCCGACUGCGAGCUGCUCCGCAGCACAAACUACUGUGGGCUAAAGCAGCUGGUGCUUACUCCACAGGAGCUGGGCGAAUCUCUUCUGCAGCUGGAGUCGCAGCUGAACACGCUCAAUCAGCUCAUGCAGGAGAUCAGUAGCGAUGUGAAGGCCAAGAAGACCCUCCUGGAGCGCAGGAAGCUGCAGCGUUUGGAAAGGGACCUCUACGUUUACUUCUUUCAGGACGAGGAUCUGCUGAAGAGCAUCGUCAAAGAGCUGGAGAAUAAGGUCAAGGCCGUGGCUGGUGCCCAAGGAGACUGAAACAACAGUGUGGCAGCACCCACCCUCCUGAGGGUGUGUUUGUGCCCAGAAGGAAGUCUUUAUACAGGAGACAGUGCAGCAGACCUGAUGACAUGACCUCCCCCGUCCAUGGGCCUGGUUUUAAGCCUGAGUUGGUCAUGGUUCUCACAUGUGGUGCUCUUCGUAACGUUUCCGGGCAGAGGCAUACUCGAUCAGCUGCUUGGAUCGGUUCCGUUUGUGAACAACUCGGCCCAAGGAUGCGCCAGAUCAGGGACAUGGGCUCACUGCCUUUUAUUCCUGUUGACACCAUGAGCCUUUGCAGGGCCUGGGUGAAGAAUAUGAAUAUGUACCAGUGCACAUGAUACCGGCCAGGUCUGGGUGCGCAUCCAGAGAUGAGAGAGCUGCCCAGUCCUGUCAGCCAGGCCUGGGAGAAUCGGGAGGAAAUCUAACAAAUGCUUUCAGAGCACUUUGAGGGCAUCAGGGGAAUUGUCUUCAAGAUUUAGGUGCUCCAACAAGAUGAAAGUACAGUCGGCAAUGGAUUGGCCAUGACUUUGUCCUUUAUGUAAUAUAGUAUGGACAUCUGUGCUUAUGGUUGCUCAGCAUUAGUGCUCAGAAUAGAUGAGGAUCAUCUGCAGCCACCUUCUGUUAGGUGCAUCCUGGUUUAUGAAGAAUACUUGCAGUUUAAACCAUUGCAGUUUUUCAUUCUUUCAAACUUAGUUUGAUUUAAGACAUUCACCUUUGUUCGCACAGACAAAAAUUGUAUGAAAUACUCUGAUGGAUUUCAUAAAGAUUGUCUAUUUAACUUUUAGGGUUCUGUAGAGACUUGGGUUUUUUUCCAUUAAAUGUCUGGUUUCUUGUUCAAGGAGACAAAAUGCUUUGUUGUUAAGAAGCUGUAUCGAUGUAUUUUGAAUUUUUUUCCCCCCCAUCAGUAAAUAGUCCUACACAAUUCGUGUAUUGGAUUCAAAUUUAAAAACAUUCCUGGUGUUUGAUCGGAGGUAUCGAGAAUAAAACGGAUCUGAAGAUU